UUUUUAAAACAUUCAAUGAGUUGAUCGCCAUUGCCGGAGUGCAGCUCCACUUGUCGGGAGCCGAAUGGUUUCGCAUAUUCUUUCGAAGUGGUCAGAAUUGGGAUGAAUUUCUGUGACUGAUAUUGAUUUUUUUUGUUUUUUUGAUUUUUUCCGUUUCACUUUCAUUCUUUUUUUGGUGUGUUCUGUAAUUAGUCAUAUUCACUCUAUCCGAAGAUUCAAGAAGUUUGAAGGGGACUUGUGCUGUUGAGGGUUCACGUUCAUUCUGUACGAAAAGGACCGGCUGGGACACGCUUGCCGAGGAUUUCUGUUCAUACCCAAUUCUUUCGAACUUACAGCACUCCGAUGAUUGAAUAGGCGUAGUGAGAAAUUCCAGGAGUUUCGAAGUGGAGGAUCCGUCGGAACUUGCCAGGGUUCCAUUACUAAUUGUAAGUGGGUUGUCCAGUUAACUGCGCCAGUGACUUAGAAUGGUUUUACUGGGUUAUGGAUUCCCAGGUUUCGUCACCCAAACUGUAGCUCCAAUCGCAUCUUUAUAAACAGGAAUCGUGCAAGUACAGCGCAAUCCUUGCUGUGUUCACUAUGCUGACGGUCAGACUCUCUCGUCAGACUUUCACAGACUAGUAUCUCCUUUUGGUGUUCCUGGGGGUUAGUCCAGUGGGUAAUUUGGAUUCUGCGAGAGAGCAAAGAGAAUACAGGCAGAGUGGGGGUUCUGGUGUAGCAAAAUCUCAGUUCAGUUGAGGUAUGCAGGCACUUCGUGAGUCAAAAGGUGGCAACCUUGAUGAAUAUUGUGCCAAAGUACGGGAAAUUAACGAGUUUGAGAUUCGUUCGGGAUCGUGCGUACUAUUGCGGUUCGGCUGAGAAGCAGACUCCAGUUAUAUUUUGCGAUUUUAGGUGCAUCAAAUAUUCAAAUCAUCCAUGUAAGGAGUGGCAAAUUUCUUGAAUUUCGAUUUCGGUUUUAGAGAUUAGAAUUGGAACGUCGGGCUGAGCGGGAGACGCUGACAUUGAGAACGAGGGCUCGUCUGCAGUUGUUUAAGGCGACUCAUAUAAUUUGGGCACAUUGGUAGGGGAUCAGCAGCGACAUGUCAACAUUCGGGUGUAGCGCUGAGGAUGUGACCACUCUGCAAGGGUUUCUGGGCAACACGGCGAACGCCGCUGGAUUGAGCAGUUUCCUCUGCAAAAAGCUAGAUGACGUUUCUUCGCAGUUGGAUGCCACAACCCUGGCAGUGGAUAAUACGUAUCUGCUCUUCUCAGCGUAUCUCGUGUUUGCUAUGCAGCUAGGAUUCGCCAUGCUAUGCGCAGGGUCUGUCCGAGCCAAGAACACCAUGAACAUCAUGCUCACAAACGUGCUGGACGCAGCCUGCGGCGGUCUUUCCUACUACAUCUUCGGUUUUGCUUUCGCGUUCGGCAUAGGAUCCAAAACUAAUGGCUUUAUCGGCCACUACAACUGGGCCCUGAGAGGAUACCCGAAUGAAUCAUUCGACUACAGCUACUUCUUAUUCCAGUGGGCCUUCGCCAUCGCCGCGGCGGGGAUCACAUCUGGAUCUAUUGCAGAGCGGACGCAGUUUGUUGCUUACCUGAUAUACUCGUCUGUGUUGACAGGAUUCGUGUAUCCAAUCGUCUCUCACUGGCUGUGGUCUACUGACGGAUGGCUGUCUGCGUCGAAAUCUGUGGGACCAGGGUCGCUACUGUUCGGUAGCGGCGCCAUCGACUUCGCAGGCAGCGGCGUCGUGCACAUGGUGGGCGGCAUUGCAGGGUUCUGGGGCGCUUUCAUCGAGGGUCCUCGUAUAGGCCGUUUCGAUAAGACAGGGAACCCCAUGGUCUUCCGGGGGCACAGCGCGACGCUGGUAGUGCUCGGAACUUUUCUGCUGUGGUUCGGAUGGUAUGGGUUCAACCCUGGCAGCUUUGUUAAUAUCUUGGUUCCGUAUUCGGGCAACCGCGGUGCCUGGACUGGGGUCGGCAGAACGGCGGUGACGACCACGUUGUCUGGGUGCACUGCCGCAGUUACGACCUUGUUUGCGAAACGCCUCCUCCACAAUCACUGGAGUGUGCUUGACGUGUGCAAUGGCUUGUUGGGCGGAUUCGCUGCCAUCACUGCUGGCUGCGCCGUAGUAGCACCUUGGGCUAGCAUCAUCUGCGGGUUUGUCUCCGCGUGGGUCCUCAUCGGGCUCAACAAACUCGCAGCUCGUGUGCACUAUGACGACCCUUUGGAAGCGGCCCAGCUUCACGCCGGGUGCGGUGCCUGGGGCCUCAUCUUCGUCGGUCUCUUUGCGCAACAGAACUACAUCCUGCAGAUCUAUGAUGGAGCUGGCGACCGACCCCAUGGACUAUUCAUGGGCGGCGGGGGAAAGCUCCUGGCAGCCCAGAUUAUCGAAAUUCUGGCCAUCUUCGGCUGGGUUACCGUCACCAUGGGGCCCCUCUUCUUUCUUCUGAAGCUGUUUAAUCUGCUGCGCAUCUCCCCCGAAGAUGAAAUGGCUGGACUGGACCUAACCCGGCACGGCGGCACAGCCUACAUCCACCAUGAUGGUUCCGAUCACCCCAUGCACAUGCACUCCAUGAACGGCCAGAAACGACCCAAUGAAGGACCUGGAGGCAACUAUGACGGUACCAAUGUGUAAGCUGUGUGUUAGAAUUCCACAGAUCAGUUAUAAUGCGCCUCCUUCAAGCACUUGAAGACCCUGAAUAUGUAGGUAAUAGAUACGAAGCCACAGGCAAAUCCAACUGUACUUUUUUGUUCGAUAGAUUGGACAGUGCAUGGUCGCGCACCGUAGAUACUUAAUUAGAUGAAAACAUAGCGAAGUUCGUUGUUGUCGGUCUGCCAGUCAUGCAGCAGCGAUCCAUUUGCCGAAGAACGUGGUUACAAAGAGAAUUUAUUGAUCGGACCAGUUGAAGCGAUGGAGUUCGUAGGAUCUUAUUGAAGUUCAUGUAGAAACGAAGAUCGUGUGACACAGUCCCCUGGAUCAGACAUUGUAAAGUAAGGGUUGUGAUGUAUCUGCAGCAGGACAGUCAAGUGAGGAAAGCUUUGUAAUAGAAUCCAUAUCCAUGCUCAAUGUGAGGUUGACAGUAUUGCAAGAUAACCUGCACAACCAGGAUGUAAGGUGAAGUGCAUCAUUGUGAGACGAAUGCUGUAUAUAUCGUGCAAUAAACGGUGAUUUAUAUCACCCUGUUGCUCGUGC